AUUGCACCUCGCUUUCCUAAGCCUGUCAGCAAACAGCUGAAUAUCUCUAGUUUCAUGCAUGUAACGAUUAAAGAAAAAAAAAAGUAGCUGUGCUUACUCAGCAGAUUAUACAGAGCUGUUUAGAAAAUGCACCUUUCUUCCUGAUCAGUCCGUACCUUUGUAUAUAUAUGAGCAAAGGUCCCAGCUGAUCAUUUAUUUUCCUGCACAGCCAGGAGGUUUCCAGCAGCAGCAGCAACAGCAGGCACGGGCAGUACAAUACUCAGAAAGCUUCCCAGAAGGAUGGCCUCCCUCUUGGAGCUGAAGGAAAUCUUCCGCAAUGCCGAUGCAGUGUGCUUUGAUGUGGAUAGUACAGUCAUCAGAGAAGAAGGAAUUGAUGAGCUGGCGAAGUUCUGUGGAGUUGGGGAUGCUGUGGCAGAAAUGACACGGAGAGCUAUGGGAGGCUCUGUGACAUUCAAAGCUGCUUUAACGGCACGACUAGGACUUAUACGUCCCUCCUGGGAGCAAAUGCAAAAACUAAUUUCAGAACAUCCUCCUCAGCUCACAUCGGGCAUAAGGGAGCUGGUAAACAGGCUUCAUCAGCGAGGCAUCCACGUCUUCUUAAUAUCCGGUGGGUUUCAGAGCAUUGUGGAGCAUGUCGCUUUACAGGUGAACAUUCCAACAGCAAACGUGUUUGCCAAUAGGCUGAAGUUUUACUUUAAUGGAGAAUAUGCAGGGUUUGAUGAGACACAACCAACAGCUGAAUCAGGUGGAAAAGGAAAGGUUAUCAGUCAUCUGAAGGAACAGUUUCACUUUAAGAAGGUAGUUAUGAUUGGAGAUGGAGCUACAGACAUGGAGGCAUGUCCCCCUGCUGAUUGCUUCAUUGGAUUUGGAGGAAAUGUAAUCAGGAAACAAGUAAAGGAGAAAGCCAAAUGGUACAUUACUCACUUUGAUGAACUGCUUAAAGAACUGGAAGAAAGAUAAGUUAUACAGUAACAUAGUAUUUUUAUUAACAAUUAUAGUAUAUCAAUAUAUAC